AAGAUAAUAAAGAAAAAAGAAGACAAGAAAGAGUAACCGAAAGAGAGAUGAAAGGGUAGGACGUGGUGGGGUCCCUUGGGGUUGUUGGUGAGAGAGAUGAUGAUAUAUUAUAAAUAAAAAGGGCUUGUGCCUCUUGCUCUACUGUUUGCAACAGAAUGGCAAAGGUUCAUCCCAAGGGCGGGAACAAUCGGUCACUAGAAAUGGGCGGCGAGGCGUCUGUGUUAACGGUCUGGAAUAAGUCACUGAUGUUCAACUGCAACGGCUUCACGGUGUUCGAUUCCAAAGGGGACCUGGUUUUCCGAGUGGACAACUAUAUGCAUGGCAGCAGAGGCCAGAUCCUUCUCAUGGACGCCUCCGGGAAGCCUCUCCUUACCAUCCGCCGCAAGAGGCUGAGUUUUGGAGAUUGUUGGUUGGUAUGCGAGGGAGAGACAGCGUUGAAGCCACAGUUAACGGUGAGGAAGUGCCUCAACAUACUAAAAACGAAGAGAUUGGCCUACGCCACCAGAACCAAUUCCCAAACAACAACAUACAACAUCCAAGGAUCAUACUCGGGGCGCCAUUGCGUGGUGUACGACGCAAACCAGAGGAAAGUGGGUGAGCUUAUAAGAAAAGAGGGUGUGGGAGACGACGUGUUCCGCCUCGUCGUCCACUCUUCUCUCCAAUCUCCUAUCGCCAUGGCCCUCGUUAUACUCCUUAACCAGAUGAUCGGCGGCUCCUAGACACUUUAGUAUCUUUCCCAUAUGUCUAACUGAUAACAUAUUAAUAUAUACUGUAUUUGUAUGUAUCACACCAGCCUCUCCGUGUUAUUGUGCAACUCGACACACACUUUACCCAUAGUUAAAGAAUAAAUGUUUGCAUAUCACUAAAG